AUGGCUGCUCCCUCCAGCGCCGUCGGUCAAGCGCAAGCUGCAGCCGCGCUCGCAGCAGAAGAACAAGCCGCAGCAGCAGCGGCCGCAGGGGAGGAGCAGCCGGAGGCAGCGGCGGCAGCAGCGGCACAAGCAGCGGAGGCAGCGGCUGCACAAGUAGCGGCGGCAGCAGCAGUGGUGGUGCAUCCUCCUCCCCCUCCCGUCAACCAAAACCCUGAGGUGAACGUGGGAGGAGACCAGCCCGCCGUGAAUCUCAACGCAGUCCUCCAGCAACUUUUGGCUGGUCAACAAGCGCAGGCUGUCUUCAAUGCGAACAUCGCGCAGCAACUGGAGCAAUUGCAUCAGCAGCAACCACCGGUCGCCGCCCCGUUCGCUGGCCAAUUCCUGGCGGAGCCUGCGGGAGGAGUUCUACACCCCCUCCCGGCCAUCGGAGGAGUUCCGCACCCCCACCCGCCCGCUGCUGCUGCCCCGGCUCGCGCGGCCGCGCCCGCCGGCCUGUCGGAGGGCGCGAAGCUGGCGGCCAAGCUUCAGGCGAAUUUGUGGGCCACGGACGCGGCCACACCCAAGUGGUUCAUCAUUCGCGGCGGCUUCCAUGUCGGGCGCGUCAUGAACAAGGAGCGGCUUACCCUAGCGACUAGAAAAUUCGCUCUCAUCACCGACAAGGCGGCCGCGCAAAUCUCUAAAUUGACGGACUUUGCGGCCGAGCACUUCUUCACCAAGAUGCCAGACGGGGUGCUGCCCACGGCAAUGCCGCCGCAAAUGCAUAUCACGGUGGCGGUGAAAGUGUUUUUCGCAGCUAUCGAAGCCGGCAUGGGGGGGGCGGAUGCUCUCUGCACGGAGCGCGUGAAGAGCCUGCACCGGGAAUUUCUGGCGGUCGAAUCUCAGCUCUCAGCGUACCUUACGCUCCAUUUCGUGGAGCUGGCCGCGUUCCCGGCGAAGACCCGCGACACUGUCUUGGCAGCGUACAACAUUGGUUUCAACGACUUUUUCCACGAUCUAGCGGCGCGGGGCGAGGACUUGCUGCAGGAACAUAGCAACGGCCCCCCAACGUCGGCCUCCGUCAUCAGCAUGGAGUCGCCGAAGUUCACGAAGCUAAAAAACCUGAUCAAGGAGGAAGACUCUAAUUCCCUCGUCGCGAGGUCAAAGUCAUGGUCCGCGGAGAAGACGGCCCCGCCCACCCCCGCCGCCGCAUCUGCCGCCGCCGCCUCCGCCGGGGAGGAGGGGGGGGGCGCGGGAGCGCCAACUUUGGCCGCGGGGCCGGGGCCGGGAGCGGGACUUGACGGGGCGGGCUCUGCCUUCAGGCAGAGCCGACAUCAGGAGGGAGGGGGUCUCCAGCGGGAGCCGGUACCCUCUUCGCAGACAUCGGGAGAUCCGUCGGGGUUCCCGGUGUCUCCACACCUGGGUUCAGAUGUUCAGUGCAAUCACAAUUCAGAGUCCGUACCAGCCAGAACCGCAGGGACAGACGCUCUCGGAGCCGCAGGUCCGGAUGUCCGGAUGUUCAGUGCAAACACACCCACAACGCAGAGUCCGCCGUAGUAGGAACCGCAGGGACAGAUGCUCACGGAGCCACAGGUCCGGAUGUUCACGGCUUCCACAGCUCAGAGUUGGCACUUGUAAGAACCGCAGGGACGGAUGCUCACGGAGCCGCAGGUCCGGAUGUUCAGUGCAAACAC